UUAAGGAGGUUUCUUUCUUGUUUGUUCUUCUCUUUUAAUAAAAAAACAAAUAUAAUAAAGAAGAAGAACAAAAUGAGCUCUUCUUAAACACUUCUCUUCUCGUCUAUGUCUCAACCCACCACCAAGCCCAAAAAGCGCUCAUCACCCUUCAGCUCCACAAAUCCCUCAUCAUCGUCCUCCUCCACUCCGACCACCGGUGGCGGCCGAGCCCCAGCUUAUUCUUCCAUGAAGAAGGCUAAGUCACAAGCUCUAGCUUGUUCUAUUGACAACAAAAACGGUCAGCACGUUCACUUUUCCUCCGAUAUCGAUAACCUUGACGACCCUUCUGGAAACUCCUCCAUGAUGGAGGAUUCCAACAUCGAGGCCUCCUCAGUUGGUGGUGGGGUUACGUCCAAUUUGUCUCGCAAGAAAGCUACCCCUCCUCAGCCUGCUAAGAAACUCGUAAUUAAGCUCCUUAAAGCAAAACCUACAUUGCCAACAAACUUUGAAGAAAUUACUUGGGCAACUCUAAAGUCAGCUAUUAAUGCGAUAUUCUUGAAGCAGCCUGAUCCAUGUGACUCGGAAAAGCUUUAUCAGGCCGUCAAUGACCUUUGUCUGCACAAAAUGGGUGGAAAUCUAUAUCAACGAAUUGAAAAAGAGUGUGAAUCACACAUGGCUGAAGCGCUACGUUCUUUAGUUGGCCAAAGUGAAGAUCUUGUCGUUUUCUUGUCGCUUGUUGAGAGGUGUUGGCAGGAUUUUUGUGAUCAGAUGUUGAUGAUUCGUGGAAUAGCUUUGUAUCUUGAUAGAACAUAUGUGAAACAAACCCCAAAUGUGCGUUCACUUUGGGAUAUGGGCUUGCAGCUUUUCCGCAAACAUCUCUCUCUUGCCUCAGAAGUAGAACACAAAACUGUUUUUGGCCUCCUACAGAUGAUUGAGACCGAAAGAUUAGGUGAGGCAGUUGAUAGAACUCUCCUUAACCAUCUUUUGAAGAUGUUCACUGCCUUAGGGAUUUAUGCUGAAAGCUUCGAGAAGCCAUUUCUUGAGCGUACUUCUGAGUUUUAUGCUGCUGAAGGUGUCAAAUACAUGCAACAGUCAGAUGUUCCAGAUUACUUGAAGCACGUGGAGGUAAGGUUACAUGAAGAACAUGAAAGGUGCUUACUCUACCUGGACGCAGGUACAAGAAAACCACUGAUAGCAACAGCAGAGAGGCAACUUUUAGAACGACACAUUUCUGCAAUUCUUGAUAAGGGUUUCACAGUGUUGAUGGAUGGUAAUCGUAUUGAAGAUCUCCAAAGGAUGUAUAUGCUAUUUAGCAGGGUCAAUGAUCUCGAAUCCUUAAGGCAAGCCCUUAGCUCAUAUAUCCGAAGAACUGGUCAGAGCAUUGUGCUAGAUGAAGAGAAAGACAAAGAUAUGGUACACAGCCUCUUGGAAUUUAAGGCCUCCCUUGAUACAAUAUGGGAAGAAAGCUUUUCUAAGAAUGAAGCUUUUAGUAACACUAUCAAGGAUGCAUUUGAGCAUCUCAUAAACAUCCGCCAGAAUCGACCUGCCGAGCUGAUUGCUAAGUUUUUGGACGAGAAGCUUCGUGCUGGGAAUAAAGGUACAUCAGAGGAGGAAUUGGAGGGGACAUUAGAUAAAGUCCUUGUUUUGUUCAGGUUUAUACAGGGUAAGGAUGUAUUUGAAGCAUUCUACAAGAAAGAUCUUGCGAAGAGACUGUUGUUGGGCAAGAGUGCUUCAAUUGAUGCUGAAAAGUCCAUGAUUUCUAAGUUGAAGACCGAGUGUGGCAGCCAGUUCACUAACAAAUUGGAAGGAAUGUUCAAGGACAUUGAAUUAUCAAAAGAGAUAAAUGAAUCCUUCAAGCAAUCUUCCCAAGCCAGAACAAAACUCCCAACAGGGAUUGAGAUGAGUGUCCAUGUUUUGACGAUGGGGUACUGGCCAACCUACCCUCCCAUGGAUGUUCGACUUCCCCACGAGCUCAAUGUCUAUCAGGAUAUUUUCAAGGAGUUCUACUUGAGCAAGUACAGUGGUAGGCGUUUGAUGUGGCAAAAUUCAUUGGGCCACUGUGUUCUGAAAGCUGAAUAUCCAAAAGGGAAAAAGGAGCUCGCAGUUUCUCUAUUUCAGACUGUUGUUUUGAUGCUUUUUAAUGAUGCGGAAAAGCUUAGCUUCCAAGAUAUCAAGGAAGCCACUGGAAUCGAGGAUAAAGAGCUGAGGAGGACUCUACAGUCUCUUGCAUGUGGAAAAGUCCGUGUUCUCCAGAAGAUUCCGAAAGGUAGAGAUGUGGAGGAUGACGAUACAUUCGUGUUCAAUGAUCAAUUUACUGCUCCACUAUAUCGUAUAAAGGUAAAUGCCAUCCAGAUGAAAGAAACAGUUGAGGAGAACACAAGCACUACUGAGAGAGUAUUUCAGGAUCGACAAUACCAGGUUGAUGCUGCUAUUGUUAGGAUAAUGAAGACCAGAAAAGUGCUGAGUCAUACCCUCUUAAUAACUGAACUCUUUCAGCAGCUUAAAUUCCCAAUAAAACCAGCUGAUCUGAAGAAAAGGAUUGAAAGCCUCAUAGAUAGGGAGUACUUGGAACGGGACAAAAACAAUCCUCAAAUAUACAACUACCUUGCUUAGAAUGUUUCCAGACAUUAAUAUUUUUUUUCCAUGUAAAUGACUUGGGAGACUUCCUCGUCAUGUUCUGUACAGUUGACUUUGUAACCAUUAAUUUUGUUGUCAUAUACAUUAUAAAGCUUAUAUUUAAGUUUAUUUCGUGUA